AUAAAUAGUCCCUGAGCGGCGAGGGACAGGCGCCAGCCCCGAUGCCACGGCUCGGGAGCCCACGCUGCUGGGGACACAGCCACUCCCAGGGUCCCCGCUGCCCAACGGUGACCGCGAAGACCGGCCGCCCCCCACCCUCGCGGCGUGAGCCUGCCCUGCCUCGGCCCCCGGGGACCCCCCCCCCUGCCCGGGGUGCUGCCAUGCGCCUGCUCGUCCUCCUCGCCACCCUCGUCCCUCCAGCCCUCGGCUCGUGGGGGGUCGCCUACCCCGAGUCCCUGCGGGGCGUCAGGGGCUCCUGCGUGAUGAUUCCCUGCACCCUGAGCUACCCCGGGGACGUGGCGGCCGCCGACGGCAUCGUGGCCAUCUGGUACAAGGAUUACAGCACCCAGAAGGUGCUGGUGUACCACUCGGCAGCCCAGGAGGUGGACGCUCGCUUCAGGGGCCGUGCCCAGCUCCUGGGGGACCCCGCCACCCGCAACUGCACCCUGCUGCUGCGGGGGGUGACGCCGGAGGACAGCGGGCCCUACAGAUUCCGCUUCGAGAUCGUCAACGGCGACCGGUGGUUGGCGAUGCGGGAAGUGAUGCUGAGCGUUUCGGACGACCUCGAGCACCCGAGCGUUGCCGCCAGCGAGGAGCAAACCGAGGGGCAAACGUCGACUUUGGAGUGUUCCACACCUUACGGCUGCCCGCCGGGCGACGUCGCCCUGCGCUGGGAGGGCUACGACCCCCAGGUCUCGACGGUGUCCGGCCGCGUCCGGCUGGACACGAACGAGGUCAGCCAGCGCCUGACCCUCACCACCUCCUUCUCCUGGAAGGACCACUCCAAAAAACUGCUCUGCCAAGUCUCUUACGGCUCCAGGAGGGCGAGCGGGGAGGUCGUCCUGCGGGUGAGACACGCCCCUAAGGACGCCCAGGUGUCGGUCGACCCGCCCGCGCAGAACAUCCGCGUGGGCGACGCGGUGUCCCUCACCUGCGAGGUGAGCAGCAGCUACCCCCCGAUCUCGGGGUACCGCUGGUACAAGGACGGGGUGGCCGUGGGCAGCCGGCGGGUCCUGGCCCUGCGGGACAUUCGCCGCACGGACUACGGGCAAUACCACUGCGAAGCCGAGAACGCUGUCGGGGCCGGCGCGGCGCCCGCCGUGAUGCUCUACAUCUUCUCUGCGGAGAUCUCGGUGAGCCCCGCGGCUGAGGUGCGGGAGGGGACGGCCACCACCUUGUCCUGCGACGUCCCUGGCCGGGGGGGCCAGGACCUCAACUACACGUGGUACAAGAACGGGGCCUGGCUGGAGGAGGGCACGGCGCACACCCUGUUCUUCCCCCACGCUGCCGCCAGCGACGCCGGCUUUUACUCCUGCAAGGUGACAAACGACCGGGGCAGCGACACGUCCCAGCCCAUCACCCUGAGCGUGACGUACCCCCCCCGGCCCCCCGCCGUCACCCUCUUCCAGGAGACGCCGGGCGGCAGGCUGGCCGUCAUCCGCUGCGCCGUGGACAGCCACCCCCCGGCCACCAUGGCCCUUUACCGCGACGGCACCUUGCUGGCGGCCAGCAGCUCGGCGGGGGCCCCGCGCCCGCGGCCCGGCCUCACCGUCACCCCCAACAGCCUGCGGCUGGAGAUCCGCGGCGCGGGGCCGGGGGACAGCGGGGAGUACCGCUGCACGGCCAGCAACGCCUACGGCAACGCCAGCGCUGCCAAGCUCUUCGUCGCCCGCGCGACCGAGGUCCUGAUCCAGCCCUCGGCCGAGGUGCGGGAAGGGGAACCUGUCACCCUGACCUGCCUGGGGGCCGGGGGGGGCGGCGGGGGAGACCCUCUACGCCUGGUACAGGAACGGCAAGAGGCUGCCGGAGAGCUCGGCCCCGACGCUGAGCUUCCCCUCCGUCCGCGGCGAGGACGCCGGCGCGUUCCAGUGCGGGAUCCAGAGCAGCGACGGCAGCGGCGCCUCGGCGGCCGUCCCGCUCCGGGUGCUGUUCCCGCCGAGGCCACCGGUGAUGAGCUCCUUCCUGGACACCCAGGGCGGGCGCCUGGGCAUCAUCCAGUGCACCGCCGAGAGCGACCCCGAGGCCAACCUGACCCUGUGGAGGGGGGGAGAAGCGAUAGCCUGCACGCGGGGCUGCCCUGCGGCCCCCACCCCAGGGUCCACGCCACCUCGACCUACAACAGCCUGAGAGUGGAGAUCCGGGACGUGGUGCUGGAGGACGAAGGGACCUACCUGUGCUGGGCUGGGAACCCCCAGGGCAACGCCAGCUCGACUGUGGAAUUUAGGGCUGAGACCGCCAGCAUCGCGGUUUCUCCGUCCUCGCACGUGCUGGAAGGCCACGCCGUCAACCUGACCUGCCGGCUGAGCAGCAUCUCCCCGGCUCUUCCCAACAUCUCCUGGUACCGAAACGGGCAGCGGCUCGCCCAGAGCUCGGCCACCUCCUUGGUCUUUGGGCAAGUGGCCAGCGCGGACGCGGGUCUCUACCGCUGCAGAGCCACCGUCGCCGGCCGCGGCCGGAGCUCGCCCGCCGUCUCGCUGGACGUGCUGUACCCCCCGCGGGACCCCCACUUCACGGCCUUCCUGGAGACGGAGCGAGGCCGCCUGGCCAUCUUCCAGUGCUCGGUGGCCAGCAACCCUCCGGCCGAGCUAGCCCUGCACCGGGGCGAGGAGCUGGUGGCCACGGGGGCCGGGGGGAGCAGCCCGCGGGUCAGCGCCUCGGCCACCCCCAACACCCUGCGGGUGGAGGUGCGGGAGGUGACACCGGCGGACGAGGGCAGCUACAGCUGCACCGCCACCAACGCGCACGGCGCCGCGUCCCGCCGCCUGUACUUCCGCGUGCAGACGGCCCAGGUCCUCAUCUCACCAUCCGCGGAGGUGCGGGAAGGAGACGACGUGUCCCUGAGGUGCCAAGUGGCGGGGGAGCCGCGGGGCGACACCGUCUACUCCUGGUACAAGGACAGCCGGUGGCUCCAGGAGGGCCCCGAAAACCUUCUGGAGCUGCCCCGCAUCGCCAGCGCGGCCGCUGGUUCCUACCACUGCCGAGCCCACAGCCCCGCGGCGACCAGCGUCUCCCCAGCCGUCGCCCUGCGCAUCUCCUAUCCCCCCCGGGCGCCGGUGCUGACCUUCCUCCUGGAGCCCCCCGAGGGGCAGUGGGGUGUCCUGCAGUGCACGGUGGACAGCAGCCCGCGGGCAGAGCUGGCCCUUUUCAAGGACCGGGCUCUGGUGGCUUCCACAUCGUCGGCCCGGGCCACCAACCCGCCACGGGUCACCGUCACCUCGGCCUUCAACACGCUGCGGGUCAGCAUCCGCCCCGUGCUGCUGGAGGACGAAGGGGAGUACGUGUGCUCCGCCGGCAACACCUACGGCAACGCCAGCGCGGCCGCAAACUUCACGGCGGGCGCUGCCAGGGUCUGGAUCUCCCCUUCCCCAGACGUCCGGGAAGGCGAGGCCGUCAACCUGACGUGCGGGGUGCGGAGCGGCGGCGGGGAAGCGCUGAGCUACACCUGGUACAAGAACCGGGUCUGGUUCGGCUCCGGCGCGACGCCGGCCCUCGCCUUCCCCAGCGUGGCGGCCGCCGACGCCGCUUCCUACCACUGCUCCGUGCGGACCCCGGCGCGGAGCCACAGCUCUGCCCCCGCCACCCUCAACGUCCUCUGGAGAGCUAAGCCCAGCUUUACACCCAGUCCUGUCUCAGAGCCCCGGCAAGCAGACCCGGCCAAACAGCCCCACGGCGGCUGCAGGAGAUUUCGGCGAAGCUUCCCCAAGUUUGUCCUUAAGCUUGGUACCAAACUGAAGCAGAAAAAUCUUUGGCUUUCGGGAAACGCUGCAAAAAAGACGGCUUUAACUUAUAAAUCUGCUGUGAGGAACCCUCCCCGGAACCUGCAGAUGAAGGCUUUCACGGAGAGCGGCGAGGGGACGGCAGUCAUCCUCCUCUGCGCUGUGGAGAGCAACCCCCUGUCUGAGAUCACCCUGCUCAAGGGGGGGCAGCCGGUGGCCUCCAGCCCCCCCGCGGGGGGUGACCACCACCCCGGGCAGAGCGGCCACAUCUCCCCCGCUCCCAACGCGCUGCGCCUGGAGCUCCGCAAGCCCUCCGAGGAAGAUGAGGGCGAGUACGAGUGCCGGGCCCGUAGCCCCCUCGGCAGUGCCAGCAUGUCUGUGCCCCUCCGUGUGUGGGGGGUCAGCGUCGUGGUGCGACCCUCCGCCGAGGUGCCCGAGGGGACCGACGUGACACUGACCUGCCGGGCCGGGGGGGCCCCCCCGGGGACCCUUUAUAUCUGGUCCAAGAACGGGCGGUGGCUGGCGGAGGGGCCCGGGGCCACCCUCGCCCUCCCCGGGGUCCAGCGCACGGAUGCGGGUGCCUACGGCUGCCAGGCGGGGAGGGGGGUGCGCGGCCGCCGGGCCCCCCCCGCCGCGCUCAGGGUGCUCUGGUUGCGGGGGGGUGUGUGUGUGUGUGUGUCUCCCAGGCGCUGCCGGGUGUCGCAUCGCACCUCCAUUCUUCAGCCAGCAGCGAACGUGUCACCCCCUCCAACCCCAACCCCACGGGAGGGACGGUCCCUUGCCACCGCGGGGCGGGGUGGGGGGGGGAUAAACACUAUCCCUGUCCUCGCAGAUGCCCCCCAGGAGCCAUCCUUCAUCUCCCUGGUGGAGCCCCGGGGGGGGCAGCAAGCCGUCCUGCUCUGCACCGUCGACAGCUUCCCACCCUCCGACAUCGCCCUGCACCGGGGGCCCGGCCACGCGCCUCUGGCCUCCACGCAGGGACCGGCCGACCCACGUUUCACCGUCCAGGCGACCCCCAACUCCCUGCGGGUGGGGCUGGGGGGGCUGGGGCCGGGGGACGCGGGGCUCUACGUCUGCUCGGCCAACAACAGCUACGGCACCGCGGCCUCGUCCCUGCGCCUGGACGUGGGAGGGGUCACAGUCACGGUUGAGCCCUCGGCAGAAGUCCCCGAAGGCACCACAGCCACGGUGACCUGCUCGGCCGUCCCGUGGGUGGGCGAAGAGGCCAACUACACCUGGUACAAGAACAGCCGGUGGCUGCGGGAGGGACCGGCCGGUUCCUUCGUCCUCACCCCCGUCUCCAGCGCCGACGCCGGCUCCUACCGCUGCCGGGCGAGCGGGGCGCGGGGCAGUGCCACCUCGGCCCCGCUCAGCCUCCGCGUGCUCUACCCCCCCCGGGACGUGUCGGUCAGCACCUUCCUGGAGAACCGCAGCGGGCGGGUGGGCAUCGUGCUGUGCACGGCCGACAGCCACCCGGCUGCCACCAUCGCCCUGUACCGCCGCGGCCAGCUCCUGGCCUCCAGCCGGAGCCCAGCCACCGCGCCGGGGGUCCGCGCCUCCCCCUCCCACAACACCCUCCGCCUCGACCUGGGGGCCGUGGGGCCGGAGGAUUCGGGGGAGUACGUCUGCGUGGCCGGGAACCCCCUGGGCAACGCCACGGCCGGCGCCUACUUCGACGUGCACACGCUCACCCACCUCCUGCUCUUCACCGUCCUGGCCGGGCUGCUCGUGGCCGCGAUCUGCGUGGCCACCCUGGCCCUCCUGGCUGUGAAGAUGUGGCCCAGGAUAAGGAAGUUUUGGGGCUGGUCCGGUGCCGAGGACACCUUCGAGCUGCGGAGCAAACAGGAGCAAGCGCAGGUGGAUGGAGCUUCCUAAACCGGUGGCUCUCUGGACCUGGAGCAACUGUAGGAGCCGGCGCUGGAAGCGCACAGCCCUGACCUGGCUGGAUCCAGGCAGCCUCCUCCCUGGGGAUAACCCAGCGCCAUCCCCGUCUCCUCCCAGCCCCCUCUGCCCCUCUCCUCUCCCGCCGUGCCCCUCGUCCCUCCCCGCCGUGGAUGUUGUUCUCACGCCGGGCACGGUUCGUGCUCGCCGCCGCGCCUGGUGCGCCACGCGUGCCAGGCACCGGCAAGCUGUGACGGCUCAGAGCUGCUCUCCAGCAGCAAAAUCCCAGGAAAAAUAAAAAAAAAAAAAAAGAAAAAAGAAAAAUCUCUGGGUGGUGGUGCAAGCCUGGGGACAGCCUCUCCAUCGCCACCACCACCAAAGCCACCACCCCAGGGUGCUGCCUGCCGUGGUGCUGCGCAGCCCCUGCGUGCCGGGGCUUCUCCCUGUGCUUUUCCUGUCUGGAAUUAAACCCCGGAGCAACGUGCAGCCGGUGUCUGUUGGGAUGAGCUGGGAAGGGGUUUGUUGCCCUGCUUUGGGAAGGGUGGUGGGCUGGGGGGGAGCCAGGCAGC